UAUCGAUAGUAGCUAACCUUUUGCCUUGCAAAAUAAUUAGCACAAGGAAAAAACCAACAGAUGGCUAGAAGAAGACAAAAAAAGAGAACUCAUGCAAAACAGUCCGAAGCGGAUCUAAAGUCGAUACCAAGAUCUAUGGUUAUCCACUUGGGUACCGCUUUGGAAAACAAUACCCUUACUCAACUUGUUAAAGACACUAGAAAUAUGAUGCAACCGCAUACUGCAAUUCGUCUUCGUGAACGUAAAUCAAAUAAGCUCAAAGAUUUUGUGGUCAUGGCAGGUCCUUUGGGAAUUACAUAUUUGAUGCUUUUUAGUCAGAAUGAGAAAACAGGAUCCACCCAUUUAAGACUCUCUUCCAUGCCUAGGGGUCCGACAAUAAGUUUCAAAGUUUCAGAAUACUCACUUUGUAAAGACGUUAGUCAUAUACAGAAAAAUCCAAAGUCGAUAAGUGCCUCUUCGCACGAAUUUGUGAAUCCGCCUCUACUUGUUAUAAGUGGUUUCACAAAUCCUAAAAACGCAUCUCCAGAAGAAAAACUUGUUGUUACCAUGUUCCAAAAUAUGUUCCCUCCCAUUUCCCCUAUAAAUACGAAAGUCGGAACCAUUAGACGUGUACUUUUGCUAAACAAAGAUAAGGAAACUGGAGUUAUUGAGUUGAGACAUUACGUUAUCGACACAAAGCUAGUUGAUGUUUCAAGAAACGUCAAAAAGUUGAUUAACGUGAAAAGCCAUUUAAACAAAAAACUACCGAAUCUUUCUAAAACCAAAGACGUUGCCGAUAUAAUUCUAGAUCCCUAUGCACAAGCCGGUUUCACUUCUGAUUCGGAAGUCGAAGACGAUUCAAUUGUGGAAGUGAAUGAAGGUGAUGAUUCCUCAGUUUUAACCAAACCCACUUCCGAAGAAAGUAAAUUAGAAACAGCCCAAGGCCAGAAGAGGAAAAAGGCAGUCAAACUUACUGAAAUUGGUCCUAGAAUGAAAUUAGAGCUCAUAAAAAUUGAAGAUGGGGUAUGUGAUGGUAAAGUUCUAUAUCACUCACAAUUCUCAAAAACUAAGGCUCAAAUGAAUAAACUGGAACAGCAACAUGCACUCAGGAAGAAAGCUAAAGACUUGAGAAAGAAAGAGCAAGCUGCCAAUGUUGCCAAGAAAAAUGAAAAAAAGCUGUUAAAAAAGCAGAGGAGAGAAGAGAGAAAGAAGGCAGGUGAAAUAGGAAGUGAUGAAAGCUCAGAAGAAGACAGCUCUUCUGAUGAAGAUGUUGAGAUGGGAGAUUACUCUGAUGUAAGUGACCCAAAUGAUGAUGUUGAGGAUUCUCAUGAUGAAAAACUUUUUGAUGAGGAAGAAGCCUAAAAUCUAUGAUUUGUUCCUGUAUGGAAAAAAAUUUCUUGCUCCUUUUUCUUGACUUUUUUUCAGACUAGAUGAUCGGUUUCACUCUUUAAAAAGCCUUGGAAGAAUGAUUAAGAAAUUUGAAUAGAUACUUGAUAUAUAUGAAAAAGUUUUAUACUUAAAUAAUAUAAUAUUUCAGUAGAAACGUGAACGUAAAAAUGAGAACAAAAA